CGCUGCCGUGCUCAGAGCGCGCCGGCGCGCCCCCGCACGCCUCACCGGACACGCGCUGCCCCGCGGACCCGGCGCUGCCACGGGGAACACUCCUCCCUGGCAGCAGGCCAGCCCUUUCCUCCCGCGGUCGCGCACGGCAGCACUAUGAGAGCAGCAGAGACUCGGGUGUUCCGGGUGUCCUGGAUUUCUGGCCUGUAACUGUAAAAACCUCUCCGGAUCUUCUACCUUAAACUUGCCUUUUUCUGGGGAGCAUCUUGGAUGGUGCUAAAACAAACUGGCCUUGGAUCCUAAUAGCUGAAUAUGUUCUCUGCCAGGAAGCUGUCAAGAGUUUGCAGAGCCAUCAGAUUCCAUCACUGCAAAUCCCAUUCUGUAUCCAGGACCUCUCCAGACUUGGCUUUCGUGCCACCCUGUCUUCCCCCAGAUCCUGCAGAAGUAGAAGAGCUCCAGCACUUCGUUUCCAACUCCAAGAGGCUGUUUGUAAUGACUGGAGCUGGCAUUUCCACUGAAUCAGGGAUCCCAGACUACCGCUCUGAAGGUGUUGGGCUCUAUGCCAGGACAGACAGACGACCUGUCCAGCACGCAGAGUUCGUUCGCAGUGCCAGUGCCCGGCAGCGCUACUGGGCAAGGAACUUUGUGGGCUGGCCCCAGUUCUCCUCCCAUCAGCCAAACACAGCACACUUGGUACUAAGAGACUGGGAGAAGCUGGGGAAGCUGCACUGGUUGGUGACCCAGAACGUGGAUGCCCUCCACACCAAAGCCGGGAGUCAGCGCUUGACAGAACUGCACGGCUGCACGCACAGGGUUUUCUGCCUGUCCUGUGGAGACCAAAUCUUGCGCUCUGAGCUUCAGAAGCAUUUUGAAGCUCUGAAUCCCACCUGGAAAGCUGAAGCCUUUGGUGUGGCUCCGGAUGGGGAUGUCUUCCUGACGGACGAGCAGGUGCGUAAUUUCCAGGUCCCUGCCUGCUGUAAAUGUGGUGGAAUCCUGAAGCCUGAUGUGACCUUCUUUGGAGACACAGUCAGCCGGGAAAAAGUAAAUUUUGUGCACCAACGCCUGGCGGAAUCGGAUUCCAUGCUGGUGGCAGGAUCCUCUAUGCAGGUAUACUCUGGUUACAGGUUUGCUCUUGCUGCCCAGGAGAAGAAGCUGCCCAUUGCAAUCCUUAACAUUGGGCCCACAAGGUUAGAUCACUUUGCAUCCUUAAAACUGAAUUCCCGCUGUGGAGAGCUGCUGCCUCUGAUUGUUGUACACAACUCAACAAGCUGAGCUUUAGUAGCUGUCAGGAGUAAAAUUAUUUCUACAAGGACUCAUCAUCUCUGAAGUGGAAAACCUUAAUCUAGGGGCAGCUGUGAGAUCUAACGCAUGGCCCCUGAUGACACCAGGAGAGGGCAGCAAGCCUCGCACAUGUCAACCUCACCGGUUUUCUCCACUGAAAUCCAUCUCCACUUAGGAAACAAGAUGAUGAUGAAAAAAUUACUUUUCUGCCUUACCUUGCCAUUGUAAACAGUGCCUUUUCUUUCUGUGCACAGGGACAGGAUAAUCAAACUACCAUAUCUGAGAACAAAUUACCUUUCUUAGAGUUGUCCCCAGAGAAGAACAAGGCACAGGGCUUCUGACCAAGUAACCUGAGACUGUAGCACAGGAGGGGGAUGUGGAAAACAACAGUAUCUGCUGGAGGAUCCAGUACCACAGCCAGGCAGCUGUUGAGUGUGCAAAGAGGAAAAGGAGGCAAUGAGGAACUGCAGUUGUCAUUUAAGGAAAAAAAAGUUUCUAAAUAGAAGCUGAACAAGACAAGAAUGCUGCUCUUGUAAGAGAUAAUUUGAAAGCACAAACUGAGCUUGUCUGUCUGUGUCUCCUAGCAAAGAGGGGAAGCCAGCAUUUCUCUCAGCUGUCAGCUGAUAAGCUAAACUACUAUCUGAACCAUUUCAAAAUUGUGUAUUGUUGAGAUGGCAGAGGAGUUACUUUAAGCUAGCCUGACUGGCACUGCUGUUAAUUGUGGCUGCUGUGUUUUCCAGAAUGCUUUUAUUUGAAAAUGUUAUUUAAUUGAUGAAUAGCUAAGUAGCAAAUUAAAGCUGUUUACAAGACUGA